UGGUGUAACUUCAGUGGAUUCCACUGCAACUACACUUGGCUCCACCGAUUCAUCAGAUAUUUCAGCAACUACUGGUGUCACUGCAACCAGUGAAUCUCCAAAUACAGCAGAAACGUCUACAACUCCAGCUGAUAGUACAACAGGAAUUUCUGGUUUAACUUCAGGAGAUCCCACUGCAACUACAGUUGUCACCACUCUUGUGACAGAAAACAGUCCAUCUACUCCAUAUCCUGGCUCAACUAAAGCUGAUUUCACAACUGCAAAAGAUGAUAUAACUACCACACCUGCCAUUAAAUGUGAAAAUGGUGGAACUCCACAACCAAACAAUCAGGCUUGUGUCUGUCUGGCAGGUUUUUUUUGGGAGAGUCUGCAAUAUUGUUUUACCUGAAGUAGUACCAGAUGUCAUUGAAAGGAAAGUCAAUAUUACGAUGGAAAUGAAAGAAAAAUUUAAAGAAGCCCAUAAAAACCCAUCGUCGGAAGAAUAUAAAGAAUUUUUGAAAAAUUCAAUAAAUCAGUGGUGUCCAAAUAUAAAGCUGAAUUACCCAGGUUUUCACGUGUGGACAACAUAAUUCUAAGUGCUGGUGGACCAUUACAAGAUAGCCAAAGAGGAAAAAGAAGCUUGGCCUUAAAGGAAACUACUAGUGAUCUUAGUCUGAAAGUUGAUCAUGAUGUCAUUCUUAACAUUGAAAAUAAUGAGGCCAUGAACACUUCUUAUGACACUGGGGUCAAGGACGUGCUGGACAUCCUUAAUGACAUACGAAAUAGUACUGAUGCAAAUUUUACUAUUAAUACAGUCGCUGCAUCAAAGACUCCUUUAGAUGUCAGCACAAUAUGUACAAAUGCUAUGUCAAAUUUUUCUGAAAAUUACGAAGAUUAUUUUCAAGCAGUUGAGUUGAAAGGCAAUUGGACAUGUGUAUCUCAAUGUAGUGCAGCUCAUGAAAAUGCAAUAAUUUGUGAGAAUGAUGGCAGCUGUGAAGUUUCUGAGAAGGGCCCAUCCUGCUAUUGCCGCCAUGAAGAUAACUUCUGGUACUUGGGAGAUCGUUGCAGUUUACAGGUGUACAAAACUGGAUUCUAUGCUGGAUUGGGAACAGUGGCUGGCGUAGCAGUAAUAAUUGUAGCACUCAUGACAGCUUAUCUCAUACUAAACAAACGAACGAUGAAGAGGAAUAAGGACAUUAAGCAAGAUCUAGUGAAAGAUUGGUUAGAGGAUGACUUUGAAUGGCCACCACAAAAGAUAAAAUCACACACAGUUGAAAAAUAUGAUAAUCCAGUAUACCCAGCAGAAAGCAUGCAUAAGCAGGACAGUUUUGUAAAUUAUUACACCCAGAAUAUUUCACCUGAACCUGAUAUGUAUCGCCGGAAUCUUCAGAGGGAUCAGUCUAUGAGAAUGGACCGACCUCACAUGCGGUCAUCUUUUGAUACUUCAUUCUAAGUGUGGGGAAACAAGUAUUACACCAAGUAUUAUUGUAUGACAUAUUGAAUGUAUCUAUUGCUUGGUUUAACAAUCCAAAACUCAAUCAGCUGCUAGAGUGUUCUACUCAUACCAUACAAUUUAGCAAUUGUACAACUGUGCAUAUUUUCUGUACCUCAGAUGUUUGACAAACAUCAUCUGACCAUAUUGCGUUUGAUCACAUGAUGAAGAGAAGCCGUAAAACUUCAGAAAUGCCCUGCUUAUCUUCACGUUAUGAUAACAAUCAAUGUAGUAAAAUUACAUAUUGCAUAAUUAUCAUUUUUUAUAGGUUUCACUUUGUUAUAGCACCUUCAGGUAUCAUUUCGUAUUUUUUAUUCAUAAUGACUUUGCAUUAAUAUAAACUAGUUUGUAUAUUCACCACAAAUUAUUUAUUAUCAUUAUACUCCACACACUGUUUGUAAAUUGACACUUGCUUAUGUUAAAAUAAAUUAUAUUCAUAUUUG